CUCUCAGUGCCCGUCUCUAUAUUGCUUAUAUGAUUUAUCGUUUUAUCAAAGAAACCACAUUCAACUACAAAUAAAAUUGAAAAACGUUGACAGUGAAUGGUUUAAGAUGAUGCCGGAUGUGAGAAAUUUGAAGCAGGCAGUUAUGCCUAUUAUAUGGCUCAAUUGUAUAUUUUGUAUGGGUAUAUUUGAAAUACCCAUAAAUCGACCACGAUAUUUUCUAAGUGUUUUUUACGCCAUCUCAAUAUUAAUUGGAUAUUUCGCUUUAUUUUACAAGGAAUUUUACAUUUUCCAAGAAGAAUUUAUUCAAGAAUUUAUGGUAUUCUAUGUCGUCUUAGGAAUCAACGUUUUAGUUGCCAUGGUGACUAUAAUUUUGUUCUGGUGGAAAACAGAGACUAUGAAUAACACAAUUAAAAGGCAUAGUAUAGUGGACAGUACUUUAGAAGCAUUGGGCAUAAAAGCAGAGAAUCAGAAAAUCUUCCGCAAUGUUCUGGGUAUGAUAGCUAUGUGGACAGUAGGCAUGAUAUUGAUAAUCCUCACAUAUGUAGGAUGGAUAUGGUAUCAGGAUAUUGGAUACUGGACUAUCUUUUGUAGCAGCAUAAGCAUGUGCUUUCCGAUUCUUAUAAAUUGUGUAGUGGAUCUUACCUUUGCUUCGUUCAUUAGAUGUGUUCAAAUAAAAUUUCAGAAGACAAAUACUGUAAUCAGCAACAUAGUGCUUUGUGCAAAUGAAUCAAAUGCUUUCAAGACUCAUAAUCAGAACGAUAAUACUGCAUUAGCAAUGGCAACCUAUAAAGACAACAACGACAAGAUGAUGCAUCACAUUCAGACAAUAAGACAUUUACAUUUGGAAAUUACAAGAAUAGGACAGCAAAUUAGUUGCACUUAUUGUCUGCAACUUCUAUUCGAAUCGGCAGUUCAUUUUACGAUGAUAACGUCGACUACUUAUUGUUUAUAUGGGGUAUUUUCUGGUCAGUUAAGAGUGACAGUCAGUAACGGAAAGAUUAUUAGCAUGGCAGUAGCGGCAUGCGUUUUUUCAUUCAAAAUUAUUUUCGUAAAUUGGCUUUGUACGAGUGUAUCGACUGAGGCAUGUAGAACCGCCGAAAUAUUACAAUCUUUUGAAGGAUCUAUUAUCAAUGACGAUAUGCGAGAAGAGAUUCGUCAGUUUACACAGCAAAUAAUACUCAAUUCGUUAAAUUUUACCGCUGCUGGUUUCUUCACAAUUAAUAAUUCUCUUACUGGCAAGUUCUUUGCCACGGUCACGACUUAUGUAGUUAUUCUAAUACAAAUGAACACAUCCAUAUAGCAUAAUGAUAUGUAAAAUGAGAAUUCAAACAUAUUAUAAAUAAAUAAACAACCUAUAUGGUAUACAUAUAAGUAUACACAU